CAGGGAGGCCUGCUGGGCCGAGGUCCUGGCCGGAGCGGGGUCUUCGUGGACCCCGAUGAGAAGUGGGAGGCGUGAGUGUGGAAGAGCCGAGCGUCGUGAACAGGCGAGCUCUUGACUCAGUCGAGGGCUGUGGGACUGAGCUUCCCAACCGCGGCAGAGCCGGGAAUUCCCCUGGGGGAGGGCUGGGGGAUACUUUAACUGUCGGGGGACCUGUAUUCUUCCCCAGGUAAAAACGGACUUGAGAGAAGGAGUCCUGCCUACUUUGGGGAGAACUAGAAAAGGUUAAGAAGUUCCUUCAGGAGUUUUAUCAGGAUGAUGAACUUGGAAAGAAGCAGUUCAAGUAUGGGAACCAGUUGGUACAGCUGGCUCAUCGAGAACAAGUGGCAUUGUAUGUGGACCUGGAUGACGUAGCUGAGGAUGAUCCUGAAUUGGUGGACUCAAUUUGUGAGAAUGCCAAGCGCUAUGCGAGACUGUUUGCUGAUGUUGUACAAGAGCUUCUCCCUCAGUACAAAGAAAGGGAGGUGGUCAAUAAAGAUGUCUUGGAUGUUUACAUUGAGCAUCGGCUGAUGAUGGAACAACGAAGCCGGGACCCAAGUGCAGCCAGAAGCCCCCAGAACCAGUACCCUCCCGAGCUCAUGCGCAGAUUUGAACUGUACUUUCAAGGCCCAAGCAGCAAUAAGCCUCGUGUAAUCCGAGAAGUGCGGGCUGACUCUGUGGGGAAAUUAGUAACUGUGCGUGGAAUUGUCACUCGUGUCUCUGAAGUCAAGCCCAGGAUGAUGGUGGCCACAUACACUUGUGAUCAGUGUGGGGCAGAAACUUACCAGCCGAUCCAGUCUCCUACUUUCAUGCCUCUGAUUAUGUGUCCCAGCCAGGAGUGCCAAACCAACCGCUCUGGAGGGCGGCUAUAUCUGCAGACACGUGGCUCCAAGUUUAUCAAAUUCCAGGAGAUGAAGAUGCAAGAACAUAGUGACCAAGUGCCUGUAGGAAACAUCCCUCGAGGCAUUACGGUGCUGGUAGAAGGAGAGAACACAAGGAUUGCCCAGCCUGGGGAUCAUGUCAGCGUCACAGGCAUCUUCUUGCCAAUGCUACGUACAGGCUUCCAACAGGUGGCACAGGGUUUACUCUCAGAAACUUACCUGGAAGCCCACCGAAUUGUGAAGAUGAAUAAGAGUGAGGAUGAUGAAGCUGGGGCUGGAGAGCUGACCAGAGAAGAACUGAGGCAGAUUGCAGAGGAGGAUUUCUAUGAAAAGCUGGCUGCUUCUAUUGCCCCAGAGAUAUAUGGGCAUGAAGAUGUGAAGAAGGCUCUGUUGCUGCUGCUGGUGGGCGGUGUGGAUCAGUCUCCCCGAGGCAUGAAAAUCAGGGGAAACAUCAAUAUCUGCCUGAUGGGGGAUCCUGGUGUGGCCAAGUCUCAGCUCCUGUCUUUCAUUGAUCGCCUGGCCCCCCGAAGCCAGUACACCACAGGCCGUGGCUCCUCUGGAGUGGGGCUCACAGCAGCUGUGCUGAGAGACUCUGUAAGUGGAGAGCUGACUUUAGAGGGUGGGGCCCUUGUGCUGGCCGACCAGGGCGUAUGCUGCAUUGAUGAGUUUGACAAGAUGGCUGAGGCUGACCGCACAGCUAUCCAUGAGGUCAUGGAACAGCAGACCAUCUCCAUCGCCAAAGCAGGCAUUCUUACCACACUCAAUGCCCGCUGCUCCAUCCUGGCGGCUGCCAACCCUGCCUAUGGGCGCUACAAUCCCCGUCGGAGCCUGGAACAGAAUAUACAGCUUCCUGCUGCACUGCUCUCCCGGUUUGACCUUCUCUGGCUGAUUCAGGACCGGCCUGACCGAGACAAUGACCUCCGGUUGGCCCAGCACAUCACCUAUGUGCACCAGCAUAGCCGGCAGCCUCCUGCCCAGUUUGAACCUUUGGACAUGAAACUUAUGAGACGGUACAUAGCUAUGUGCCGCGAGAGGCAGCCCACAGUGCCUGAGUCUCUGGCUGACUACAUCACAGCAGCCUAUGUGGAGAUGAGGCGAGAGGCCUGGGCCAGUAAGGAUGCCACCUAUACUUCUGCCCGGACCCUGCUGGCCAUUCUCCGACUUUCUACCGCUCUGGCACGCCUGCGGAUGGUGGACACUGUGGAGAAGGAAGACGUGAAUGAAGCCAUAAGGCUAAUGGAGAUGUCAAAAGACUCACUUCUGGGUGACAAGGGGCAAACAGCCAGGACCCAGAGGCCAGCGGAUGUGAUAUUUGCCACUGUCCGUGAAUUGGUCUCAGGGGGCCGAAGUGUCCGCUUUUCUGAGGCAGAGCAGCGCUGCAUAUCGCGAGGCUUCACACCUGCCCAGUUCCAGGCAGCUCUAGAUGAGUACGAGGAGUUAAAUGUCUGGCAGGUCAAUACUUCCCGCACAAGGAUCACCUUUGUCUGAUAGCAUUCAGCUUGAGCCUGGGGCUCCCUGCAGUGUGACCUGCCCCUUCAGAAGGGUAAAGAUGCCCUGGAUGGAAGGAAGGACCUCCCUUUCCCCUGCUGCACUUGUUGCACUUACUCUUUUUGCUAAUAAAGUGUUUUUUGAUUCUGA